UGGAAAUUCAGGAGGGUCAUCUACUACAGCCGCAGCUAAUGGCAAUGGGUCUGUUACUGCUGGAGGACCCGGAACAGGACAGAUAAACAAAACAAUCCAACAGAUUUGCCAACGCUAUCAUUCAGAGUGUAAAUCAACUUUUGAGGAAUUGAGCAAAAUAGCUCAACGGGUGGCGGCCUGUCGCCGCGAUAUCGUUGCCUAUGAUGCCAGCCAGAGGCAAAAAGCUGUAAGACGCUCAAGUCCCGGACAAGGGGCCGUUGGAUUCGAUGGUAGCCAAUUCGUACCACUACCUACUGGAGCGACUUGUUGCUACGGGUGUGCCAGUGCCGCUCUAGAUCACUGUCUGACUCUCUUGCGCGCAAUGGCAACCAAGCCUCUGCUGCGGCGGCUAAUGUUCGAACAGGGACUGCUUUCAAGAAUUGCUCCACUUUAAUAUCGCACAAGGAUCGGCCCAAUCACGUGGCGAAGUCCGUGAUCUGCUCUGCUUGUUGACGCUGAAUAACGCUGACGCCGUCGACUGCCUUAACCAGAAACUGAUGGAGAGCGUUGACAGAGUUCUUAAACGUUCCGGUCAUAGCUUGGCUUUGCUCAACUCCAUUCGACACGAAAUGGCUUUGUUCGCAGCUAGCCUUCAAUGCCAGGACACGUGCUGGGAGAAGCGUCUGCGCUCGGUCAUCCAGCUAUUUUUGAAAUCAACUCACCAUCUGCAGUCGCCAGCUGUCAUGGAUGUCAUCACUCUACCUUGUCUGUGAAUCAUUCAAGAACUCAUCCAAGGUACUUCUGGGACGGUGCAAAUCCACGUUAAAGAAUCUUCAAAGGCCGGCCAUGUUGAUGUUCUCAUGGACCUGAAACGGUGGCUUCAAGGUGAUCCACAACAGAGCUUUGAUGCUUGGAAGUCGCGCGUACUGUCACGUUACGACUCUCCUGUACUCGGAAAAAGGCCAGAACAAGUACGGCAGCUCCACCUCAUGCAAAAAUAUGGAGCUCGCUGGCGCGAUAAGUACCAGCUGAGGCAACAACAAGAGCGACCGGUAUCUUGUCAACUGUCGGGCUCCAAUUGGCUUCAGUCUAUGUUGUUUAAUCCGAACUCGCGAUUGAGUCGCCAAACGGCAUGUGUCUUCCUCGAAGGACUCGCUCGCGUACCCCAACGCCGACAGGAAAUCGUCAACCUUUUGACUAGUUUUUUGGCACAGCUGGGCCAAGCUGGUCCGUAUGGCGCGGAAUUUUUCGCAUUAUACAUGUCUUUGGUUCGAAAGGAGCAUUGGCGCUACUAUCUAGUGAGUCGUGGAUUACUACCCAAAUUAGCGGAUUGGAUCGAGAUCGAAAUCAAUGGAUUGACUCGACAAGAAAUGGUCGGCAGAUCAUCCGAGCUGUCGCAGGGCCAUGCUAUGAAAUCGCUGGUGGAACUGCUUUCCUUUUUUUUGGAAGAGACAUCUGUUCGCCAAGCGUACAAAGGGCGCCUAGUUGGUCAUGUUUUAAACGGUUACUUGAACUUACGACGCUUGGUCCUUCAACGUACGCGGCUCGUCGAGGACACUCAAGAACUUCUUCUACAGCUUCUUGGAGACAUGACAACAGGAACUGAAGCCGAGACGAAACAGUUCAUGUCUGUGUGCGUUCAAACUCUACGUCAAUGCCUCGUUGAUGGCCUCGUAACGCCCGUCUUUGUAGUCGAACGUCUAUGUUCUAUCAUCCACCCGGAAGAGAAAGACGAUGUCGAAUUCCUUAUGUCGCUUGACAAAGAUCCUCAACAAGAGGAUUUCUUGCAAGGGCGAAUGCAAGGUAAUCCUUACAGCAGCACGGAGCCCGGCCUUGGUCCGUUGAUGCGUGACAUUAAAAACAAAAUCUGCCAAGACUGUGAAUUAGUUGCUCUUCUGGAAGACGAUACUGGUAUGGAACUACUGGUGUGCAAUAAAAUUAUGAGUCUAGAUCUGCCGGUCCGAGAUGUCUAUCGCAAAGUUUUCCUUUCUGAAAAUAAUGAAGCCGAGCCAAUGAGGAUCGUGUAUAGGAUGCGAGGCUUAUUAGGAGAUGCUACGGAAGAAUUUAUCGAACGGUUUGACGAUAAACGUCAGCGCCCGGCUAACGACGAAGAGACUUACAAACUGGCAAAUGUCAUGGGGGAAUGUGGUGGAUUAGAUGUUCUUUUGGAGCGCUUGAGUUGUGUCCGGGAUAUUCAGGGCGAAGGUCGGCCACUUCUUGGUGCCUUAGUCAAACUUCUGUCUUUCUGCACCAAAGUACAGACCAACCGCUCUCUCCUGAUUACUCCGGAACUGAAUGCCGUCCAACGACUUCUUGGUGCUCUUAAAUUAUGCUUACAGGCUCAACAGAACAUGCCUCCAUUUACAGAACAACUUUUGGAAGUUAUGAAAGCCAUUUUAUGUCAAGCCUCCGCACAGAGCGUUGAUUAAUAUGCCCUUUUUUCUUCGACGUUUGGUACCAAGGAAGAUCUGGACUUCUUGUUGCAGUUGUCGGCCUAAAUGGCGGGUUCCAAGACAGUCACUAGCAUUUUGACCCAUUUAACUCGUGUUAUUCCUUUCUUGACGUUCGUCAACAACACCAAGAUGGAUGUGCUUAUUGAGUAUUUCCGGCAAAGUUUAGAUUUCAACCAGUAUGACAGAGAACACAGUAC